AUGGAGGCGGCGCAGGCGGUUCUGGCGGCGUUCGACACGUCGCUGUCGCGGCAGUGGCGCGACGAGGACCGCCGCUGGCGCGCGGAGGACCGCGAGUGGCGCGCGGACGACCUGGCGUUCCGCGAGGAGGAGCGCCGAUGGUUCGGGGAAGAGGCGGAAAUGCGGAGCGCGGAAAUAAGGUGGAGGGAGGAAGACAUAAACCAACGCCACGUGGACAAUGCAAGAUACCUUUGGGCCAGGUUUGUCGAGAAGAACCGGCGGGAUGUGGAGGAGAAAUCGGAGCAGCUUAAAGCGAUUUCGAACCUUGCAGCACUGUUUGCUGGCUUCGCUGUAGUCACACUCACGCAGUUCCAAGUCACCCUCGACACCUCCCCUUUGUGGAUCAUCGCUCUAUACGGCAUCCUCACUGCCAUCUCGGUGUGUCUACACACGGUGGCCAUGGUGCAGUGCACGCUCAUCAUGGGCAGUGGAGGGAGGGCGAGGGGUGCACUGAUACUCUACUGCCUGCUGCCUGCCUGCUUCUCUACUCCCCUCUCCCUACUCCCACUUCAGGUCUGCCUGCACACAGUGGCCAUGGUGCAGUGCACGCUCAUCAUGGGCAGCAUAUUGAAGAAUGGCAAGGCCUACGUGGACGAGGACGCCGAGGAGGAGUUCAUGUUCCGCUGCCUGCUCUUCGUGCGCUCCUUCUCAUUGGGAGACAGGCCUCCCGCACCACGUCGCACGUUUGAGGCUUUCUGGGAGUACAGGUGUGAAGAUGACUGGCGCAAGGCAUUCAACUACUUCACAUGGGGAAUCUUUUCAUUCCUUCUCAGCCUCAUUCCUAUCGGGUGGAUUAAAUUCAACUUCUCAACCUUCAUCCCAGCAGCGUUCACCGCCAUUGUCAUGUGCUCCAUGGUGCUGUGGGCGUAUCAGCAGCUGUCAUGGGGCGCCUAUCUCACCAAGGGCCGCCGCCAGUUCGACUCGCUGCUCUCCGAAGCCGAGGCCUUCCGAGUGCGCCCCUCGGGUCUCCCCUUUGACUGGCACAUCGCCCCGGAAGCUUCCCGGAAGCGCAGCUCCUCGCGGAGAAGCCGGAGCGGGAGAGAGGGUGGGUCAAGCGAUGCUGCUUCCACGGCUUUUGCAGACGGUGAUGCUGGUCAGGAGUUGAAGCCUGGUUCGGGAUUGGAGAACACGGAUGGUAAGGCGCCCCGAACCUCGGCUUCUGGUUCGGGGAAUGGGAAUGUGAAGGCAUCAGAGGAUGGGGCUUCGGUUCUUGGGAGCAGUGGUGAGAAGGUUGGUCAAGGGCAGGGGGGUAAGAAAGUGGAGGAGGAGGGUGAGAGGGCAAGUAUGAAUGGAGGAAUGGAUAGUACUUGCAGAGAGAGGCGUGAACCUGGCCAAGAGGAUUGUUUGAUUGGUGGUGAUAGUGGUGGUGGUGGCGGUGGUGGUGAUAGUAUUGAUGUUGGUGAUUCGGGUUUGUCGUUGGCUGGUGGUGGGAAUGUGCCUCGUGCUGCGGUUGCGAGUAAAACAAAGAACGCCAGCAGCAGGGUUAGCAGUUGCGAGAUCAGUGAGGUGCAGGAGUGA